UUGCCACGGCAACACUUAACAACAACGCCACCUAAGCAGAGCGAUUCCUGCGAUAAAAUUAGCUGCUCUUUUGGGCGGAUAAAGAGAUUAAAUGUGCAUUUGAGAGGAGGAAUCUCCCAUCAGGGCCAUGAUGAGCCAAAGACAGAUCAUUCAAGUUUUUGAGCAGUACCAGAAAUCAAGGAUGCAGUUUGUGCAGACUAUAGCUGAUCUGGCAGCCAGGCCGAUAAACAUAGAAAUCCUCCAAAAUGCAGGUGUCAUGUCCAUGCUGCGUCCCCUGCUGCUGGACGUGGUUCCCAACAUCCAGCAGACUGCAGCUCUGGCUCUGGGCCGCCUGGCAGACCACAGCGACGACCUGGCCGAGGCCGUGGUGAAGGAGGACAUCCUGCCUCAGCUGGUCCAGUCCCUGGCCUCCCAGAACAGGUUCUAUAAGAAAGCUGCUGCGUUCGUGCUGCGUGCAGUAGCCAAACACUCCCCUGAGCUGGCCCAGGCGGUGGUGGCCUGCGGCGGGGUGGACGCUCUGGUUCUCUGCCUGGAGGAGUUUGACCCCGGGGUGAAGGAGGCUGCCACCUGGGCCCUGGGCUACAUCGCAAGACACAAUGCAAUGCUGUCUCAGUCCGUGGUGGAUGCCGGUGCUGUCCCCCUGCUGGUCUUGUGUCUCCUGGAGCCUGAGAUAGCCCUCAAACGCAUCGCGGCCUCCACCCUCAGCGACAUCUGCAAACACACACCUGAGCUGGCCCAGACCGUGGUGGACACCGGAGCCAUCGCACACCUGGCACAGAUGAUCCUCAACCCAGACGCCAAACUCAAGAGGCAGGUGUUCUCGGCCCUCAGCCAGAUCAGCAAACACUCGGUGAACCUGGCAGAGAUGGUGAUCGAGGCCGAGAUCUUCCCUGCAGCUCUGACCAGCCUCAGGGAUCAGGAUGAGUACGUGAGGAAAAAUGUUGCCACCCUGAUGAGGGAGGUGGUGAAACACUCCCCAGAGCUCUCCCAGGUGAUUAUAAACUACGGCGCCUUGUCAGGAGUCAUCGACUACGUGAACGAUUGCCGUGGAAACCUGCGGUUGCCAGGGAUCAUGAUGCUGGGAUAUCUCGCAGCUCACAGUGAGAACCUCGCCAUGGCUGUCAUUAUUUCCAAGGGGGUGCCCCAGCUGGCCCUGUGUCUGUCCGAGGAGUCCGAGCAUCACAUCAAGGCGGCCACAGUCUGGUCCAUCGGCCAGAUCGGUCAACACACCCCAGAGCACGCCAAGGCGGUGGCCACAGCUCACCUGCUGCCCAAGCUGCUGGAGCUCUACAUGGAUGCCAGCAGCUCAGAGGACCUGCAGGCCAAAAGUAAGAAGGCCCUGAAGAGCAUCCUGCAGAAGUGCACCUAUGUUCCCGGUCUGGAGCCUCUCCUCUACGAUGCUCCCAGCAACAUCCUCAAACACGUCGUCUGCCAGUUCAGCAAGGUGCUGCCUCAUGACAGCAAGGCUCGCCGUCUGUUUGUGACCAGCGGGGGGUUGAAGAAAGUGCAAGAGAUCGAGGCUGAGCCCGGCUCUGCUCUGCAGGAGCACAUUAACGCCAUCAACAACUGCUUCCCUGAGGAGUUAGUGAGGUACUACACCCCUGGUUACUCAGAGGCCCUGCUGGAGCGGUUAGACAACUACCAGUUGGCCUGACAUCAGCCCACAACACACAUCCUGAUCUGAUUUCAUCACAAAGAUGUGCCUUUAUAGAAAAAUCAAAUCUGGAAAACCGUUUUCUAAUUUUUAGACUGAGCUCCCGUUAUUUUUCACCUUUAAAUGUAUGUUGCUAGCAGGUGCAUAUGUGUAAAUAAAACACAGCAUUCUAGUCAAGCCUCACCUUUAAAUCAUGCCCUUACAUUGUGGGAUCAUUUUGUUCUAAUUCAAAGUGGGACAUUUGGUGGAAGUUUUUCUGUGAUGCCCACACAGAGAGGUCAAAGGUCAGGUUCAGGGACUCAGCAGCAGGUGGAAAUAAGACACACUGAGCCUCCAUGUUUAAGAGCAACAUCCAGCCAUGCACAGAUGCACAACAAUUUGAUUUAAUGAUACAUUUUGUUCCAAUUUUAUGUCGGGAAAACUAACAAAUCUUCUAUAAAUUAAAAUCUAAAUGUACUUUUCAUACGUCUCUGUGCUUUUUAAGUAGCAACGACAGAAUAUGGAUAUUCAUGUGGACUGUGUGAAUCAUGUUGGUUGAGUUUUCAGGGCUUCGACUGCCCCCUGGCGGCCGUGACCGCGCGCUGCACCUCAGCUGCGUGCGUGUGCGUGCAGCAGCUGCAGCGCACAUGGCGAGCCGCCUCUUUGUUUAUUGUCUGCCGGGUUUGUCUCUGCUUGUUCUCCACAUUGUACUGACGGCGCAAAUAAGCCCCGGCCUCUCACCGCAGCGGAGAUCUGAGCACGUUACCCUGCAGCUGCCGCCGUCUCCCCCUCUCCUCCCCCUUUAAAAUCUGACCUACAGGACCCGAUUUAUCGCGUUUAUGCGCGUUGUUACACUGAUGAUCACCUUCAAACGUCGCUUUCGCUCCACCGCGCGUCGGACAAGUUUUUUUUCGGGAUUUUCCUUUUUGCAGCUGCGUCUUCCAUACAAGUCCAUAAAGAGGCUGCAGAGCUGCUUCCACGUCCGAACUAAUUAUACAAAUGCAGUUUUAUCUCUGGAAAUACGAGCAACCCAGUCCGCGUAAUAAAGCCUGUUGCAAUAGUAAGAGCAGUUCUUGUGCGUAACGACGGAUCUCUUCACUUUUUUAUUGUAAUAAAUCGAUUGAUGUUGAGUGGAAACGCGACUAUUUCGUUAAAAUUAAUGAUCAAACACCGCAACACGCCAAACACGAUUUAAAUCGAAUAAAAAUGUAAUAUUUUUCCAAAAACAUGAAUGCGUACAAACAUGAUGGCGACAAAGAAUCGCAGUAAAUUAGACUCUCUUCUUCUAUAUAUGAAGAAUAUACAUAUACAUAGGCCGAAGCUAUUUCUAACUGGGGUGAAUUGUUCAGAAAUAUAUGAAAAUUCAGUUAUACUGUAAAGGAAAAUGAGGAAACCAAUGUAACUUACGCACCAUGGUUGGGAGGAAAAUUAAAAAAAAAUUGCAGUCUUGCUGUUAAAAUUGAAAAAAAAAAGUGCUUUGUUGUAACACAAGAAGCAAAGAAAAAAUUAAAGCGCUUUCAUCCAUCAGCUUAUUUUUCUUGGCGACACUUCCAGUCUCCACUGUGGGUGAUGCUUUAAAAAAACACGCACCGCAAUGAAAACACUGUGACUUUUAACUCCAUCACAGUAUCAGCAAGUCUUCGUAUGUUUUAAGUGAGGGGGCUUUAUUUUCAUGUUAAUUUAUGUGACGGAGCUAAAUAACUGAAAUACAUACCGGCUGAUGCGCAAAAUGUUCGGCACUGCGGUGCUUUUACGCAUUUAUGCUGCGGCUUUAAAUUGGCGUAAAUAUUUUUCAGGUUCGUGUGCAAAAGUAGUAAUAACGGUCACAUUUUAUUUUUAUUUUUUAAAAGAAAGCUGCUUGUUUUGGGGGGCUUUUCUUAAAACAAACAAAAAUGCCAGUUCAAUGUUGCUUUCUUGCAACAACUUACGAGAAAUAACAUUUCCAGAAACUCAUAAUUACACGACAUAUUUUUUCUGUUCAUCAAAAGCACGAACAUUGUAAAUAAUGUGGGUAGUUUCUUUUGUAAUUAAAAUCCCAAAUUACUAAACGGCAAACACUGGCUAAGCGCUUUUAUUUUUUAAACUUCCGUUGCAGAAGCUGGUAGAAUUAAAACUACUGCAGCAUCUCAAAUACACAGUUUCAUGUAAAUCUGAAGAAGCAAACAAUGAAGGAAUAAAAAAUGGAAGAAGAAACAAUUGAAGGUAGACUUUGAGUUAAGCAGAACAAGUGCUUUAAUUGGUCUGAGUGAACGCUUAUGGAAUGGAGUGUAUUAUUAUUAUUAUUAUUAUUAUCAUCAUCAUUAAAUGUGAAGAACAAUAAACAUACAACAUCGUUUUGGCCUUUCUGCCACUGAAAGGGAAACUCUCACCAACAACUGUCAGACAGCAAUAAACAAACAGCUCAUACACACAUACACACACACACACAUAUACACACACACACACACACACAUAUACACACACACACACACACACACACACACACACACACACACACACACACACACACACACACACACACACACACACACACACACACACACACACACACACACACACACACACACACACACACACACACACACACACA